AAAAGCAUUUACAUAUUUCGUAGCAAUUACGGCGACAACAACGAAGACACCGACGAUCGCCGAAUCACCCUCCCUCAUACCAGAUCAAUCCCACGAUGGCGACGCCAGGCACCAGCUCACAAGCCGGCUCGGACCCCGUACCGAAUACCCUCACACGUUCCAACACAGACAACUUUAAGCGAUGCUGCAUCUGUUACGAGGAUGAAGGCGAACGUACUAGCGAACCGGUAGUCCGACCUUGUACCUGCAGUCUCCCAGUUCACGAGACAUGCCUUCUACGAUGGUACGAAGAGAACCAAAACAAGAGCAGCAACGGCGUGAGCUGUCCGCAGUGCAAGGCUCCGUUCAAGGUCGAGGAGCCCUUCGAUUUUGUUGUGGCUCUGCGCAGGACGAUACACAGCCAAUUCAGCAAGGCGUCACCCAUUAUUCUCACGUCCAUGGUCGUUAGCGGCACCUUUGCCAGUUCUGCUACAUACGGUGUUAUCGCUGCCUCCUCCUUUGCCGGCUACGAGGCUGCGCUCAGGUGGAUAGGCCUUCAGAUUACACCCGGUCAGGCUGUUGCCAUUCCCAUUGCAAGAAGGGCGCAAGUGGGAAGGAUGAUGAUGAGGCUGUGGUCUAUGUCCUCCAUCGCUCCGGUCGUCAUUCUUAGUCGAGCAGUGCCGUUCCUGGCCAACUUCUUUUUUGUUCCAUUCUCCGCUAUUUACGGCCUGGCACUCAUAGCCCAGGACGAUCACCCAACAUGGCCGCCCUCUCCCACGUGGGCAAUGGUCAUGAUGCCUUAUCUACACAUGAGUUAUAAUAGAUUCUAUAACUAUUGGCUGAGGCCGAUCGACCGACGCCUCAACCGGGCUCUACGGGGUCUUGAAACCAGCCUUCAGCCCACCGUUAGUGCCGCCGGCGAAACCGAGGCCGAAAACAACGAAAACCAAGACGGUGGAAAUCGCUUCAUCUUGUCCGACCUCCUAGACAUGGGACGCACCGCUUGGAUUCUCUUUAGCAACACCCCACAGGAAGGCGGAGCAGAACUUGACGUUAGGAUUGAAAUAGGCGCUAAUGUCGUCGACGAUAACGAUGCCGCCGAGUUCCGCCCAGUAGACGAUAGUUUCCUUGAGGUUUCGCCUUACGAUGAGGAGGUUGCCACCGCCAUCGAAGAGGCAAUGGGUCAGGUCCGGGAAGCGGUUCCACAGUAUCCAGAGUAUGUACAAUCACAACCAGCUUCACCGGAACCAGCGCCAGCUGCAGCCGCAGCUCCAUCCCCACAGCCUGCAGCAGCACGGGAUCGGAACAACGACAGAGACAGAGAUCGCGAUGGCGUGGAACUCCCCCCCUUCUCCUUCACGGAUCUCAUCAACAACGUAGUCACCUCUCUCCUCUUCCCCUUCAUCUCGUACGGCAUGGGCGAGCUUCUCCGCCUCUCACUCCCCAGAUCGUGGACUUCCCCACCCAAGCCCAUCGUCACGUCUGGUUUCUUUAAGAGGGGAACGAUCAUGCAAGGAGGACCCGGUGGCCUGUUGCAGCAGAGAUGGGGACGCAGUCUGGCGGGCGGGUGUCUGUUUGUGGUGAUCAGGGACGUGUUUGAGCUGUAUGCCAAGUACAGGAAUGUGCAGGUGAUGAAGGGGCGGAGGAUCGUGAGAAGAAGGGGAGGAGAAGGAGGAGGAGGGCCUAAUCGGAGGGCUGCUGGCGCUGGCGCUGGCACUGGUAAUCAGUAGUACUUUGCCAGUAUCCUCUCGCG